AUGGCCUACCUACUGCUAUACGUCGACGACAUCAUCCUAACGGCCUCCACUGCUGGACUUCUUCGACAGCUCACCGACAGUCUUCGCGCUGAGUUCGCGUUGAAGGACCUUGGCCCGCUUCACUACUUCCUCGGCAUCGAGGUCGUCCGGCAUGCAGACGGGUUCUUCCUUCAUCAGCGGAACUACGCCCACGAGCUUCUUGAGCGUGUCGGGAUGCUUAACUGCAACCCUGCACCUACUCCUGUCGACACGAAGGCCAAGCUCUCCUCCAGUGAUGGAUCGUUGGCGUCCGACGCGCCGUUCUACCGCUCCAACGUCGGUGCCCUCCAGUACUUGACGUUGACGCGCCCGGAGCUCCAGUACGCUGUGCAGCAGGUGUGCUUGCACAUGCAUGCUCCUCGGGAUGCUCAUUGGGCCGCGGUGAAGCGGAUUCUACGCUACGUCUGUGGUACCAUGGGCUACGGCUUGUCGUUGCAUGCUUCGCCCUCGACGUCGACCGACCUCGUCGCCUACUCGGACGCGGACUGGGCGGGAUGCCCGGACACGCGGCGCUCCACCAGCGGUUACUGCGUCUACCUCGGCUCGUCGCUUGUCUCUUGGUCCUCCAAGCGGCAGCCCACUGUGUCCCGCUCCAGUGCUGAGGCCGAGUACCGCGCUGUGGCCAACGCUGUGGCCGAGUGCACGUGGCUUCGCUAA